AUGGCGCUUAGGAUGAAGAAUUUCAUGCCUUUAAUUAUUGGGGAAAAUCAAGUUGGCUUUAUUAAGAAUCGUAUUGGGACUGAUAAUGCUCUUCUUGCUUCUGAAAUUCUUUUGGAAUUCAAAAAAUCUGCCAACCAGAAAUUUAUGUUUGCCAAGCUUGAUAUUUGUAAAGCUUUCGAUUCAGUUUCUCGUGAUUUCAUCCUUGCCAGAUUGAAACAAAAAGGUUUUCCUCCUACUUUCAUCAAUUGGAUAAAAGCCUGUAUUUCUGACGUUCCUUUUUCUAUUUGUAUUGAUGGUGCACUUGAAGGUUAUUUCAAUUCCACUUCGGGUAUUAAGCAAGGGUAUCCGCUUAGCCCCUAUUUAUUUUGUAUUGCUAUGGACGUUUUCACUUGUAUGAUUGAUAAUCCUUCUGCGACUGAAAGAUUUAUUGGGGUUCAUAGGAAGAAUUUGGCUAUUUCUCAUUUGCUUUAUGCAGAUGAUCUUCUUAUUUUUGGGGAGGCCUCGACUUACAACUGUAAUCUGCUUGUGGAUAUUAUAGAGGGUUUUGCUCAGUUAUCUGGGCUCUUGGUCAAUCAUGAAAAAAGUAAUCUUAUCAUCUCCAAAUCAAUUUCUAAUCCUAUGGAGAUCUGUGAAGCUCUCAACAUCUCUUCUUUUGGUGAUAAAAUGACCUAUCUUGGGAUUCCAAUUUAUGUUAGAAAAUUGAGUAAAGCUGAUUUUCAACCUCUUUUGAAUACCAUUUCUAAUCAUCUAGCUGGUUGGAAAGCUCGGUUGCUGUAUUUUGUUGGGAGGCUUCAGUUCAUUAAAUACACGAUUUGCAAUACGAUUACCUACUGGGUUAGGGGAACUAUGCUGUCAAAAACUUGCAUUAAGACCCUUAGUAGGAUGUGCUCUAGAUUUUUAUUCUUUAGAGAUGUGGAGGCCAGGAAGCUUUUUUUGAUUGCUUGGAAAAAUACCUGUAGACCAAAGCAACUGGGCGGGUUGGGCAACCCGAAUAUGGUUGGGCUUCAAUUUGCUAAUUGCUGCUCUCUGGUUUUUAGAUUCUAUAAUUCUAAAUCCAUGCUAUUUAAAUUUUUAAAUGCCAAAUAUGGCACCCCGUGGACACCGAUUUUGAGCAAAGCUUCUCCCCUUUGGAGUGAAAUGAAUAGGACUGCUUUACAAAUCAAUUCUAUUAUUAGUUUUGAUCUCAACUCGAACAGCAUCUUGUCAUUUCUUUGGGACCCUUGGGUGUAUGGGAAAUCCAUUAUGGAGGAAUUUGCAAAUCAAAAUUUAAACAAUUUUAUUCCUUUCCAUGCCACGGUCUUUGAUUUUCUAAGGCAUGAUGGCUGGUUGUUACCCGCUGCUAUCCCUGAUUCUAUAGCUUAUACUAUUCAGCAAUUUGGUAGUAAUCAAGGGUUUAAAGACACUUUAAGAUGGAAUGGUAAAGACAAAGCUUAUUUCUCAGCUUUUAUUAAUUUCUUUCAUAGGUAUGAAAGCAAAGUGGAUUGGUUUAAUCUUGUGUGGCAUAAGCACUAUACUCUGAGAUACUCGACUUACAUUUGGUUAGCUCUCAAUAAUGGGCUUAAAACGACGGAUGAACUUAAUAAAAGGAGUAUUAUGGACGAUGAUGUAGCUGCUAAUCAUCUCCUCGGAGGGCCUUUCUUUUUGGGCAACCAAGAGAUUACGUUUCGUGGGUGCCGUUUUGAUCAAGUUUAUUUCAGUUUAGCAGUCUGA